AUGUCUCAGAAGGAGGCGAAAGAAGCAUUUGUCAGUCAUCUCAAUGGGACGAGUCUACAGGAAGUGGCAGUGGGCUCAUUUCUCAGCCCACUGUGCAUCCUCAAGCGAGCGCUCAUGCUGAUCCUCUACCAUCAAGCUAAGGGGAAUCUCCCGCUGCCAUUUCCGCAGAUUUCUCACCUGCUCGUUGAUUUCUCCGUGCUGGUCCUUCCCCUCGUCCUGUCAUGCACCGUCCUGAGCGACCAUCUUCUCCAGAUGGUUUUGAGCUUCGCCUUUGUUUUGUUAUCUAUGCUUUCUUACGUCUACUUGAGUAGCCGGCAAACCUCUCUCAGCACCUUCCUCAAUAGGACUGUUCAUAUCAAACAGGUUCCCUUUGUGACCUUCUUUAGAGCGAUGAUGAAUGUGCAAACAGCUAUCGGUAUUCUGGCUGUCGACUUUAGAGUCUUUCCAAGGCGAUAUGCCAAAACAGAAACUUAUGGAACAGGCGUUAUGGACUUUUGUGUUGGAGGGUUCGUCUUCGCAAAUGGUCUGGUGUGCCCAGAAGCACGUGGGAAGAAUGUUUACGGCUCCAAGAUGAAACACGUCACCAGACAGCUCGUGUCUGUGUGGCCUCUGGUUGUUCUCGGCGCAGCACGACUCGUCCUUGUCAAAACGAGCGACUACCAAGAACAUGUGACUGAAUACGGUGUCCACUGGAAUUUUUUCUUCACGUUGGCCCUCGUCAGGGUUCUGACAUCUAUGCUUUUGAUUGUUGUACCAGCGAGACACUCGUGGAUCUCGGCUCUCGUCGUAAGUGGUGUUUAUCAAUAUGCUCUGGACACGACAGGCCUCAAGGCUUUCAUCUUGCACAACAAUGACCGAGAGAAGGACUUCCUUCAUGCUAACAAAGAGGGCAUCUUCUCGAUUAUAGGCUAUGUUGCCAUCUACAUGGCAGGGGUUCAGGUAGGCUGUUACGUGAUGCAACCAAGAUCACACGUCAGUGACUGGCUCAAAGCAGUUUUUACCCUCUUAACGGGAACUCUCGCACUGUUUGCUGCUGUGUGCAUGUGUCAGACUUUAGUGGAGCCAGCGUCUCGCCGCUUAGCGAAUCUACCUUUCUGCCUCUGGAGUGUUGCUCAAUCUCUGCUUUUUGUAACAUGUUUUGGUUCCGUUGAUUUGAUUGUACACUUUUCCAAAACAACAACAGGCUGUCAGUUUGUACCAUCAUCAUGGAAUUCAUAUGCAGGCUCCUACAAAAAGAAAAAUGCAAUGGAAGGAUUGUGCCUUGUUCAAGCCAUCAACAAGAAUCAGUUGUUAUAUUUCCUGCUCUCAAAUAUCUUGACAGGAUUAACCAAUGCUUUACUCAACACACUUUGUUGCAGUGAUUUUUUUUCUGUAUGUGUCCUGUUGUCUUACAUGUUCACAAACUGCACCAUUAUAUAUGUUUUACAUCUCUGUGGAAUUAUAAUAAAAUGUUGGUAAAGAAA